GAAGAAAUUGUGUAUGUGUGUAUAACAUAUGCUCUCGUGCUUCUGCACCACUCUCGAUCUAUUAUUCUUCUUACCCAUUCUGCUAUCUCCAAACCCAAAUACGUCUCCUCCUCUGUUCUUUGGCCUUUGUGGCAUCAGGCAAAUCAAAAGUCUUAAGUAGUACUCAAGUCGGAAGAGAUUCAUUGGUACUAACCAGCAUAAAAUGGAGAUAGAGAACCAAGAAGACAACCCAGCAACGUCGGGUGAUUCUGGAGGAGACUUCGACUGCAACAUAUGUUUCGAUCAGGUUCGAGACCCGGUCGUGACUUUAUGUGGCCACUUGUUUUGUUGGCCUUGCAUUUACAAGUGGACUUACUCCACCAGCACAUCAAGACAACAAGUUGAUCAGUAUGAUAAGAAGGAACCUACAAGAUGUCCGGUUUGCAAAUCCGAUGUCUCCGACGCCACGCUUGUCCCUAUCUACGGCCGGGGACAGAUAACUUCUCAGUCCGGUUUAACCUUACCGAGCAGACCAUCCGGUCCGGUUUAUGACGUAAGAGGAGUCGGUCAACGUUCAGACGAAGGUGCGAGUAGUCAACGUUACAUGUAUAGAAUGCCUGAUCCGGUGAUGGGUGUGGUAUGCGAGAUGGUAUAUAGGAGACUAUUUGGUGAGUCUUCGAGCAACGUGUCACCGUACCGGAGGGAGCGGGACACAAAUCUCCGGCUAAGGCGGCGGACAAUGCAGGCGGAUGAGUCGCUAAGCAGAGUCUACUUGUUCCUGUUUUGCUUUAUGGUUAUGUGUCUACUUCUUUUCUAGUUGUAACUUGUAAGUUUACUCGAAUGAGUUUGUAUGUGUAUGUGUAUGUGUAUGUGUGUAAGAGUAUUGCAUGUUGAAAUGGUAUAAUACUGAGGAUAAAAUAAAGUCAAAAAUCAAGAAACUGCACUAUAUUGGUGAUUGUGUA